CAAAGAUUAAACAAAUAUUAUUCUCAAAGGUCACUUAGCAUGUUCUUGCUGUUAGGCAUCAUGGCUGGAUCAAACCGAUCAGGAGACCUGAAGGAUGCUUCGAAAAGCAUUCCCAUUGGAACAUUAUCUGCCACACUUACAACUUCAACUGUGUAUCUGAGCAGUGUCCUCUUGUUUGCUGGUAGCAUAAAUGGACUGCUUCUUAGAGACAAGUUUGGGGAGAGUAUAGGAGGAAAAUUAGUUGUAGCCAACCUGGCUUGGCCAAACCAAUGGGUCAUUCUCAUCGGAUCCUUCUUGAGUACCAUUGGAGCAGGGCUGCAGUCCCUGACAGGAGCACCCCGACUCCUUCAAGCAAUCUCCCGUGAUGAAAUCGUCCCUUUUCUUAGACCUUUGAGUGUUUCUGCUGCAAAUGGAGAGCCACGACGUGCCCUGCUUGUCACAUGGGCAAUCUGCCAGAUCACAGUUCUGAUUGGGAAUGUGGAUAACAUCACUCCCCUUCUGUCUUGCUUCUUCCUCAUGUGUUAUGGUUUUGUGAACCUUGCCUGUGCUUUGCAAACCUUGCUUCACAGUCCUAAUUGGCGACCUCGCUUCAAGUAUUAUCAUUGGACUCUAUCAUUCCUGGGUCUGUCACUGUGUGCAGCGGUUAUGUUCAUGUGCUCUUGGUACUUUGCUCUUGCUGCAAUUGGUCUUGCCAUUCUCAUCUACAAGUACAUAGAAUACCGAGGUGCUGAAAAAGAAUGGGGAGAUGGGAUUCGAGGACUAGCACUGUCAGCUGCUCGUUUUGCUCUUCUUCGUCUUGAGGAAGGACCUCCCCACACCAAGAAUUGGAGACCACAGAUUCUUAUCCUUGCCAAACUUGAUGAACAAUUUUUCCCUAAACAUGAGAGGAUGUUUGCUUUUGCCUCCCAACUUAAAGCUGGCAAGGGUCUUACCAUGGCUGUUUCUGUCAUUGAUGGUGAUUUCACCAAAAGGUAUGGAGAAGCCCUUGCAGCCAAACAGAGCCUAAGGAAUGUCAUGCAUGAAGAACGAGUGAAAGGCUUUGUGGAUAUUCUGGUUGCACAAGAUGUUAUUGAAGGCAUGAGUUACCUGAUUCAGAUGAGUGGAAUUGGAGGUAUGAAACCCAACACAGCAAUUCUGGGAUGGCCUGAAAACUGGCGCCGUUCUUCAGAAGAUCAAUCUUGGAGAGUGUUCAUUGAAGGUGUGAGAAAUGUGGCUGCAGCCAAGAUGGCUCUUCUUGUACCAAAGGGUAUCAAAAGCUUCCCCAGCUCCAAUGAAAAACUAUCAGGUUACAUUGACAUCUGGUGGAUAGUUCAUGAUGGGGGUCUCCUUAUGCUUCUCCCAUUCUUGCUCUGCCAAUGCAAGACGUGGCGCAACUGUCGCCUCCGUAUUUUCACUGUUGCUCAGCUUGAAGACAAUUCCAUACAGAUGAAGAAGGAUCUGAAGACAUUCCUCUAUCACCUGCGAAUUGAAGCUGAUGUUGAAGUCAUUGAGAUGACCGACUCGGAUAUUUCUGCUUACACAUAUGAACGAACCUUGAUGAUGGAACAGAGGACACAAAUGAUUCGAGACCUUGGACUCACACGAAAGCAAAGCAAGCACUUGGUUCAAAAUAUCAUGGACCUACAUAGAGCAACUGAUGUUGUGGAAAAGGAAUCAAAAGUUCAAUUUCGCUUGGAAGAACUUCCAAUAGAAGAUCAUGAAGAGAGAGAGACAACAUCCUCACCUCCUCCUCCUCAUUCUCCUGACUUCUCAAAGGACAUGGCCAGUGAUCACCAACACACAAAGGAAGAUGAGCCAGACCAUGGCAAGCUCUCUCCCAUUCCCAAAAAUCAAAAUGAGGGUGUUAGGAAAGACAAUUCAUUUACACGUCUUCUGAAACUGAAACCGACGGAGGCCAAUGUGCGUAGAAUGCACACUGCUGUAAAGCUGAAUGAAGUGAUUGUUUCCCGAAGUCAUCAGGCUCAAUUGGUUGUACUCAACUUACCUGGGCCUCCAAAGGCCACCAAAAAAGGCUCAGACUUGAAUUACAUGGAAUUCUUGGAGGUCUUGACAGAAGGCUUAGAAAGAGUGUUGAUGGUGCGAGGUGGUGGACGGGAAGUGAUUACCAUCUACUCAUAAUUGAAAUCUAGUCUUCAGGAGGACCACAAGUGUUCUCUGAACUUUUCUUACCUGGAGUAGAGGAAAUCAGGCUUUUCUACUCAAAUGUAGCAAUUUGAAGUUGCAUUGCAUGUGCAGACUGUCUUCCUCUGCACAAUGUAUGCUACAUUGUGUUGCCCUUCCUACAACUCUCAGCUCUUGUGAUGAGUUUUUGUUGUUCAUACUUUUCCCUCCAUCAUAGUUUCUAUUUUUAUCAUUUAUUUUGGUCAGUAUUAAAAUUCCUGCAUGUUUUUUUUUCCCCUUUGGAAGAUAGAGCAGGGCUCAUCAUCCUCUUCAUUUGUUGGACUUUCUGUCAUUUUUUUGUGUGCAGGGAUGUGGGUCAUUAACAUUUCUGAAUUUAUGUAGUUCUUAUUUCUUCAUGAGCAGGAGUUUGUCAUUCCAAGUGUGUGUUCUACCUUCCCCAAGCAAAGGGAAGUUCUGCUGUUCCAACACUCAGAUUGUGCUCUCAUUUCAUUGCUUGCCAGAAUCUUGGAAGCACAAUCCCAGUUUUCAAACUAAAUUCAGUGUUUUUCUUUCUUGAUAAUUCUAGGGAAGCACCUCAAGUGCUUGUCAGUCCAGCCAAUGAGUGUCUGUGAUCCUGUCAUGGCUUUAAUAAUCUUAUUUCUUGAAUUUCCUUUUUUGUUCUUGAUUGCAUUCGCACUCAGUCUCAUUUUCCAAUUCACUCCCAUUUACUUGUAGUUCCAUUCAAGGGACCAUAAUGUCAAUGGCCAAAUGCACCUCUUCCAGAUUUUGCUCAUGUAUUCGUGAUCUUUGGUCCUCUACCACUUCCCCUAACCUUUGACAUUGCAAGAAAUUUCAUUCUUGAACAUAACUGUAACUUUAUGAAUAUGAAAUGAAAACAUACAUUAAUUUGCUUUUGAGACAGCCUUAGCUGAUUUUCCAAAAAUUGCAUGGUCAUUAUUUUCAGCAACAUAAUGCUAAUCAUACACAAGAAGCUGUAGCUGUCUUUCUCAAGUCUUCAGUUGUUGCAGCUAUUUAUUGACAGGAUUUGAUUUUGCUUGCAUUGGACCAUAAUUUUAGUAUUCAUUAUUCAUUACCAGUAAGUAUUCAGGUGUCCAGUUUAUCUUGUUGACUUUUUUUGACUGAAUAUGGUGGUGAAAGAGAGAUUUUGCUGAUGAUUUUGCUUCAUCUGAUGUUGAGCUAUGAAAAAGUCUGGUUUUCAUGCAGGCUAUCAAGUAGGUCAAUGACCCACUUGUCAUUUUUUUCUCUGACAUCAGACUGAGUUCAAACCACAAAGAGAAUAUUUUGGCCUCCCUUUCAAAGAUCCCUAGAGUCACCAAUUCCCCAUUGAAGAAAUGUGAAAGAAGGAAGCAUUUCUCUAGAACUGCUAAGAAAUGGUUAGCCUUGAAUUUUGCUUCUGCUUGUUAGGAAAAGAGUUAAAUCAUAACAGCAGGUUUUUCUGAUGGGGUACCAUGAGGUUAAGUAGAAAAUGGGGAGAGAAUUUGAAAAAGAAUAUUUCAGACACCCUCUGAAUUAGGCCUUUUUCUUGAAGUCACCUGAAGUUCAGGAUUGAUGGUCACCUAUAAAAAAAAAUUCUGGCUUCUGACUAAAAUGUCUCAAGACCACAGAAGAAAGACUUCAUUUUAUAAUUAUCCUUCAUUUUGUGACUGAUCAUCAGCAACAAGUGGGGGGGGGGAUUGAAGCUUGGAUUCAAGAAAUCAACAAUGCUAGUUCAUUGUCUCAUGCUCAAACCUGAAGGUGGAUGGCAACAACAAUUUGAAAUUGUCAGUUGGGAGUCAUGGGUAAUCAAGAAUCAUAAUCCAGUUCAACUUUUAUAUUAUAUGUGACAACUGCCUUGUGCUAUGAUAUUGCUUAGCAAAUGAGAUGUGACUUCCAAUCUAAUCAAGCUCCUACGUUAGGGAUUCCCAGUCUAUAUGAAAUCCAAGUCUUCAAUCUUCCAUUAAAUAUUUUUCUUCUGAUGCUGGAAUGGGCAAAAAAUCACACUCCAGAGUCAAGGUUUCUUGCCAGAACCCUGCUUCCUCCUGCCAGUUGCAUACAAUCAAAUGCUCAGUAAUCAACAACCAGACUCAUUACAUACUAGUAAUUUUCUACUUGUACUUCCUGCCUGGGAAGGGUUCACACUUAAUUCUAUUGGAUUCUCAUGCCUUUAAUCUCUUCAGGACAGGUGCAGAGAAAAACUAGGAAAACCCCCCCAUUGCUCCAGCUCAACUACAUUCAAGCCAUCUCUAUUUCUCUUCCCCGAUAUUGAAUCCAAUCUUUAUGAAAGUUGUUGUUGAAAAUGUUAAAAUGUAACUCUAUCCCAAGAAAGCACUAGAUGAAUUCAAGGCUGACCAGUGCUGCAUAUGUACCCUCAUUUUGGAGUUUUCCAUUAAAGACACAGUGGGAAGGUUUUGUGCUCUCUCUCUUGCCUGGAACUCGGAAUUGCAUUUUAUUUUAUUUUGACACGUGUCCAUGCCAAAUGCAUGUUUUCCCAUUGUGUGUUCUUCCUUGUAUAUCUGUUCUGUGAGGGAAUACAUUGCUCAAACUAGCUCUAUACAAUCAGUCUUGCAAACUCAUGUGACCUCAAUGUCCAAUCAAUCUUGUUUUUUGCAAGUGCUUGGGAGGAGUUGAUAGAAUUUAGCAGACUCAUAAUUGGUUGCUUUUUCAGAGUCAGAGUCUGUGGUGUCCAUGCUUGUCUGUGACUUUCAUGAAACUGGCUCAUGUUGCUUUUAGAGUUUCUGGUAAUGGAGAAAGUGUGUGAUAUAUCAGCCAUGAAAGGCUUCCCCUGAAGUUUUCAAAAAGAGAGGCAGAUAUCUUGAGUGCUUGUAGUUGUGCUUGUGGCAGGUUCCAGUGUCUCCAUACCUGUGCACAUGGUUGUUCUGGCCUACCCCAUCUCGUUGUCUAUCUGUCCAGUCCCCAGGGAAAGCAGGUUGCAUUUUUUGUAAGCAGAAAAAUAAUUUGUUUAAUUUAUUCUGCUAAGUUAUUCAUGACUGAUAGAAACCACCAGCAGGAAUGUAUUGGCAUUCCCCUCUAGUCAGUGAAGAAGAAUCUGUCUUAUGCGCAUUUAGAGUAAAUAGGACGUGCCUUUCCCUACCUUUCUCGGUCCCUUGCUUCUUCCUAUUCUCUCCUGGCAGUAGACAGCACUCACAUAUGUUGAUUGGUGAGACAUUUGUUGAUUAAUAGAAAAAUAAAUUGUUAGUGGAA